AGCGGGAAGCUCUGCCACUGCUUUUCAAUAGCGCCUCUGACUGUGGCCUUCAGGGGUGUAAGCAAAACUGAUUUUCUUUUAGAAAUAAACAUUGAAGUUGUUGCUAGUUGACCCAGCAACUGUAAAUUAAAGGCUACACGCAAGUCUCUUCACACCACUUCACCCAUCAAACUGUGCAAUUCGGUUUGUCAGCAGUGACAGCCACUUCGUACAAAAGUUCUUCUUUUAAACACAUCAAUGGCAGUAAACUAAGCAGCACAGAAAACAGACCCUGCAUCUAAGAUUACUGACUCCUGAAAUGUCUGGCAGGGGUCGGGCUGUGAUAAAAUACAGAUGCCUUGGAAAUCUACAUAUUUGAAACCCUGUAUUUUAAUUCGCCUUAUUAGAUCUCUUUAUUGAAGCGGACGGUAUGAAUUCAAUCAUUUCAAGUUUGCUGUGAAAAUAACUUCCACAUGUCCCCAGUCGGUGACCUCCAGCACAAAAUAAUAUCGCUGCCAAGUGAAUGCACCUCUCUGACAGGAUUAGUGUUGGCUGUUGGAGCAAAUAGGAAAAGGGGGCGCUUGUGGACUCACUAUCCCAGUAAAAACCGGUUCGAUUCUUCAAUGUGUUCCACUGACAGCCCAGGGCUUAGACCGACAACACGUGGGAAACUAUUCAGCUACCACAGACUCGACUUGAUGGUUCUGUUGGAGAGAAGACGCCGGUUUCUUAUUGUUUCCAAUCGCCGACAGUUUCCUGUUCUCACGGUCUCGCACCUCUAAGCUACCUUUUUUAAAACGUUUUGAACAAACCAAGGCAGAAGUGGCGAUGGCCCAUGGUCUUCCCGCAGCUCCUCACUGACCCGCCAAUUGCGGCGCCAUCUGCCGGCCAACAGGCGCGCGGCAGCUGCAACAACAACAACAAAGAAGUGAAUUAGGAUGGAGACGGGCAGGCAGCGCCACGCGGCCUACACUGGCUACAGCUACACGGACCCGGACAUCAUCCUGCAGCAUUACAACUACACCGGCAAGCUGAGGGUCAGCUCUGAUGGCCUGGCAGCUGGACUCACCGUCUCGUCCAUCUUCUUCAUCGUCAUCUGCUGCUUCAUCAUCCUGGAGAACCUCAUGGUGCUGUUGGCCAUCUGGCAGACCAAAAAGUUCCACCGUGCCAUGUACUACUUCAUUGGCAACCUGGCACUGUCGGACCUGCUGGCCGGCGCCGCUUACACUGUCAACAUCCUGCUGUCGGGCUCUAACACCUACAGGCUGACCCCGGUGCAGUGGUUCCUGAGGGAAGGCAGUAUGUUUGUGGCCCUGGCAGCCUCGGUGCUCAGCCUGCUGGCCAUCGCUAUCGAGCGCUACCUGACCAUGCUGAAGAUGAAGCCACACAGCUCGGGGGGCAGCUCGCGUGUCUUCCUGCUCAUCAGUGGCUGCUGGCUCCUGUCCAUGUUCCUGGGCGGCCUGCCCAUCAUGGGCUGGAACUGCUUGCGGGGUUUCCCGCACUGCUCCACCGUGCUGCCCCUCUACCACAAGCACUACAUCCUGUUCUGCACCACCGUCUUCAGCUUCAUCCUGCUGGCCAUCGUGCUGCUCUACGCCCGCAUCUACGCCCUGGUGCGCUCCCGCAGCCGCCGGCUCACCUUCCGCAAGUACUCGGUGCGCUCCAGCAAGAGCAGCGAGAAGUCCCUGGCGCUGCUCAAGACAGUGAUGAUCGUGCUGAGCGCUUUCAUCGCCUGCUGGUCUCCGCUCUUCAUCCUCCUGCUGCUUGACGUGGCAUGUCAGGCACAAGGCUGCCCGGUGCUCUACAAGGCCCAGUGGUUCCUGGCCUUGGCCGUGCUCAACUCGGCCAUGAACCCGGUCAUCUACACGCUGACCAGCCGGGAGAUGAGGCGGGCGUUCUUCCGUCUGCUCUGCUGCCUGUGUCACCACGGGCCGGCCCGGCGGCACCAGCCCCCACUCACCGCUGCCCUGGAGUUUAGCCCCAGCAAGUCGGACAACUCAUCGCAUCAGCACAAGGACGAGUGCGGCACACCCGAGACCCUGAUGUCCUCAGGCAACAUUAACUCCUCAGCAUGAGGGUGCAGAGGAGGCUGCAAUGGGGACGGGGGAACACACAGUGAAAGAAGGUGGGUGGGAACAGGGUGCACAAGAUCCACUCCGUUGGACACAGCCAGGUUUUAGCUGCUCAUCCUCUCAACCUCUGGUGUUGGAAUGUAAUCUUCACCCUUUACACCUAUAAAGAGGCAAAGACAUUGGGACCAGGCACUAGAGUUCAGAAAUUUUGUCUUAUUACUCCAACAUUUUCAAAUCUAGCAGGACUGAACUGAUGGUAGAGGUACUCUCUUUUCAAAACAAAAUCCAUGGACAGUCUUCUUCUGGACUUUUGAAAGGAGAUAAAUGUGAUUUUAAGAUAAAAGGAAAAGUACCUAACAAGACCUGGCCUGCUUCAGGAUUUUGUGUCUCGAGACCGUAUCGUCCUUUGGGAAUCAUAGGGCCGAACAUGCAGAUCUUUGGCUUACUUGCCCAGAAUCCCUGGCCAAUGAUGGGAUGCAGAGCAUCUCAUGAAAAGACAGACACAAUCCCAACUGCUUGGUCUCAGUAUGACUUUGGUGAAAUUACUUUCUGUAAGGACUGAGUAUUUUAGAGAUGCAUUAUAGAUUCUACUGUACAUGCUGUAUUAAAACAAACAUUCAAGUGCAUUAUGGAAUGUAAGAUAAGAAGAAUAUAGUAUCAAAUUGUUGAAAAUUAAGGAUGUUACUAACUCGUAUCAAUUGUAUCAUUUUGAAUGCAUCAAGUUGUUACUCCACUCUUCAACCAUACAUUGUUAGCCUCUUGAAUUAUUAAAUUAUUAACAUUUGUGAAAUUUAACUACCACUGUUCCAGAUUUGUUGCAUAGCAUUACGACGAAACGUUACACUUUAGGCACUUGACUGAACAAAAUGAUUUGUCUAAAUUAUUCAACUUUUGUAAUUAGGGGUUGACACAAAGUGGCAUGUUUUGUCCCAAUCUGCAAAUACAAAUUGUUGACAAAUAAUGUGAAAAUGGCAUUCAUGUGAAAAUACACAAAAUAUAUGUAAAUAAAUAUUCCUUUUAAUUCGA